AUGCCACUGAUUGGGUGCACGAAGCCUCACGAAUGGUACGUUCUACUUGCGAGAAGAGCUUUCGAUCUUGUGAAGUCCGUCCGUACUUUCAAGGGUCAGACGAAUGGAAGCCGGUGGCAGAGGAUCGGUUUCAUGUGGAACGAUAUUCACCGCCUAGAGGUGAAGGCGUACGAGGAAGCAUGCCGUGCGGUGUUCGAUGUCAAGAAAAUGGAGUGGACGUCGGACAACCCGAAAGUGGAGGUAGUGCUUGAGUAG